UUUACAGACCGUACUGGUCAAUACUGGGAAUGGCUGAUGUUUUGGAGCACGUUGCAGCAAUCUCAGAUCAACUUGUGCAAUACAAUCUUCGUAAUGAAGAGCUCUUGUUGCUACAGGCAACAGUUCUUGCCAAUGCUGAGGUUAGAAAAUUGGCAAGUUUCAGCAAAUUACAAGAAAUACGACAAAAUAUUCUGGACAGUUCUGUUGACAUUGCACAAAAAUAUCAUCCAGACAAUUUGCGUCAUGUGCCGUCCCUUAUCUUAUUACUGACCCAUAUUAGACGGGCUGCAGAGAGGGCCACUUUGUACUUUCAAAGUGUGAAAAAAGAAGGAGUAGUGCCCUUCUGUGACCUGUUGACUGAAAUGUUUGGAUGCGCAGUCGGAAGAUAAAAAAGCAGAGCCUAUCUAUGUGAUUCAUAGUGUCAGAGUGCUUCACCUUAAAGGAUGAAAUCUGUAAUGAAACAGUAGCUGUUAGUGUGUAUCCUCAUAGGGCAUUUGUUAGUUAAGG